AGUAGGACGAGCGACCAAAAAUUGUGGCCGCGGUUUCGGACGUCCAAAAUCUCAGAACAUACCGGAAUUGAUAUCGUUGGAACCCAUCAUGCCUGGCCUCGCAGACAGAGCGUCCGGCUCCAAGAAACGGAAGAAGGGCGCCAGAGAGAAGGAAGUCGCCGUGCCGUCCUCCAAACGCCGAGCUGUUGCAGAAGAUGACGGCGAAGACGUUAUGGAAAAGCUUCAAGAGCUCGAAGAGCAGAUUGCGGAAUCUCGAAAAUACUACAAUAACAUCGCCACCCUGAUAUCCAUGCUAAACGUGGGUGACUCCGCCGAAGAACCCGAUCUAGCAGUCGCCGUAUCGCUCUGUAGAGUCUUUUGCAGAUUGAUCGCGGGUGGAAACCUUACAGAGGUUCCACGAGCUGCCGAGCCAGAGAAGAUCAUUGUGGCAUGGUUGAAGGAACGAUGUCACGAAUAUCAGAAAGCGUUGUCGGUCAUUCUACGCCGGGCUGAUCCCUCCGCACAGAUCACUGCUCUCACAUUAAGUAUGCGACUGAUAAAUGAGCGCGCGACGCAUAUUUCGGGGACGGAAACGCAGGUCUGGACCAGUGGUUUCUUCAAGGAUGUCUUCCAAUCUAUUGUCGAAGCUCGCGACGGGCAGGUGCUACAAUCGGAAUUUGUCGAAAAGUUCCUCACCCAGUAUGAGGAUGUGAGAUACUACGCGUUUCUUCAAAUAUCCGAGUACGCUGAGACGAAGCGGAGCCCUGAAGUUCUUGAAUUGUUAAUAUCCAUGCUCUCAGCAUACGACACUCCGCCCCAACCAGAGCACGAGUUCGAAGACUUCUACUGCAAGUCAUUAAAGAAAAUCAAGAACCUUGUAUCUGUCAACUCUCACAAAAAGCGGGCGCAGGAAGCAUGGCUAGCGGUGCUACGGAAUAACAUAUCAGAGUCUCAGCGGAAAGGUCUUCUCCGGAUUAUGUCGCAUACGAUUGCGCCAUGGUUCAACAGGCCUGAACUAUUGAUGGACUUCCUCACUGAUUCCUACAACGUCGGCGGCUCAAUGUCUCUACUCGCCCUGUCCGGUCUCUUCUACCUCAUCCAAGAGAAGAAUCUCGACUAUCCUCAAUUCUACCAGAAGCUCUACUCUCUUCUUGACGCCGAUGUCCUACACUCAAAACACAGAUCACGAUUUUUCCGCCUGAUGAAUACCUUCCUCUCUUCCACCCACUUGCCAGCCACGCUUAUUGCUAGUUUCAUCAAGCGACUUUCUCGACUUGCACUCAAUGCGCCUCCCACAGCCAUUGUCGCAAUUGUUCCCUGGAUAUACAAUCUCCUGAAAAACCACCCGACUUGCACGUUCAUGCUACACCGUACCAUUCGUGACGAGGAAUGGAAAGCUGAACUGGAAGCUGAAGGGAUGGAAGAUCCGUUUGAUCCAGAUGAAUUAGAUCCCACUCUCACCAACGCUCUCGACAGCAGUCUCUGGGAGAUUGAAACCCUUCAAUCCCAUUAUCACCCCAACGUAGCCGCCUUGGCACGUAUCAUAUCUGAACAAUUCACCAAACAAGCCUACAACCUCGAGGACUUCCUCGACUACACUUAUCAAGGCAUGUUAUUGGCUGAACUGGGAACCGAGGAGAAGAUGAAAAAGACACCCGUCGUCGAGUACCAAAUCCCAAAGCGAAUUUUCACAGACCGUUUACUGGCGGAAGAUGGUGGUCAAGACACUGCUCCUGGCAGGAUGCUCAGAGAACUAUGGGCCUUCUCAUAGCUCUUUUAUUCAUCUUAGUUUUUUACUAGUGCAUAGAAUUUCAUGCAUAUAAUCUUUAUCUGCUACCUAGAGACCUAGUGUCAUUGUCAAACGAGUGUAUUAUCCUUUGGAAUUACUAAUGAGUGUAACUAUUUCUUUCCACCUUUCUGCAUAUCACCAGUUGAAUCGUGAAGAGCGUAUGGGGCAACAGCUGAUGGUU